AUGCCUACAUCGCCGGUCCGGGUAUCGCACCAUUACCAGUCUUAUAAAACGCUGAAAAAGGGCCAAAUAAGACUAUUAGAUGUCCUGCCAGCAGCGAACGAAGAGGAUCCUGUCCGUUGCCGAAUGUCGCAGGUAUCGCUCAAGGAAGCUGGAGAGUACACUGCUGUCUCGUAUGCAUGGGGAGUCAGUGACGAUAGGCACGAUAUCUUCAUCGACGACGUAGAAGUGAGUAUCACACGCAGUCUCCUUGGGGCACUCAAGGCAUUGCGAGGCAAAGGACACCUUGCAGUCUGGGCAGAUGCCGUCUGCAUCAACCAGCGAGAUCAGCAGGAGCGGAGUGACCAGGUACGCCAGAUGAAAAAGGUCUAUGGGAAAGCCAAAGUGGUUGCUGUCUGGCUAGGACCCGCUGGACAGGACAGCGAUGUGGCCAUGCGAUCUCUGCCGGAUGUAGAGCAGGUGAUAGCCGAGGACAAGCGACAGGUUCUCGUGGCAAUGGCGAACCUAUUCCAAAGAGAUUACUGGUAUCGGCUUUGGACUGUCCAAGAAGUUGCCUAUGCCGAGGAGAAACGCGGGCAAGUCGAAGUCUACUGUGGCGAUAUCCAAUGCGAAUGGAAGCACUUCAAAAACGCUUCGGAGGUAUUCGCCAAACAUAGGAUGAAGCUACGUUCCCUAUUCAACGAGAGAACAGCGGCCAGGACCACUCUGCCUUUCCAAAACUCUCUGGGUUACGACCAGGCACUAGUCUACGGCGGCCCGGCGAGCUAUCCGGCACCGGGAUCCCAGAGCCUGUUUUCCCUCCUGCGUCUGGCGCGAGAAAAGCUGAACGAAGAGCCUCGAGACAAGGUGUUUGCGAUUCUGGGCUUGCGGCCAGAGAAGUCCAGGGUCUUCGAGGUCGACUACGGCCAAUCUGUGAGACAUAUUUAUACCAAGGCUGUGCGGCGCGUCGUCCAAGAAACUACGAAGCUGAAUAUUAUUUGCGAAUCCAUCCACUUUCCCGAGCACGUCGGAAACUUCCACUUGCCGUCCUGGGUCCCCGACUGGUCGCAAAACAAAGGGCUUCAGAGCUUGGGGUCCUUGUACGAAUUCCGGGCCUCCAAAAAGAUGACGGGGACGUAUAAAUUCGGGGGAGAGUCCGAUAACGCGCUGUGCUUCGACGCAAUUCAGAUAGGGAAUAUCAAGGAGCACGGGAUUUCCGUCGGCCCGCUCUCCAGCCUGGCGGACUAUCUGAUGGCGUUCAUGCACUGGCUAGCCCUACUUCGAGAGAGCGCUCAGCACCAGGAAGUGAACCAAUUCUGGGAGACGUUGUGCCUGGGGCAGGUACCGAGGGACUACAGCCCGGAAGAAUGGAGUGUAAAAUGCGAGGCGGCCUUCGCGUCCCUGCUCAAGGAACGACUGCCAGCCUUGUCACGUCAUAUGGAUCUUAAGAUACCGGCAGAAUACGACCCUACCGACGACCGCCAGUUCAUACAGGACCACUUCGGCGGGAACAUGGCAGGUCGCUGUUUUUGUCUCCUAGACACCGGGGCUUUGGGGAUGGGUACGGGAGCGAUGCUGCCGGACGAUAUUGUGGUUGUGCCGAUUGGUUGCGAUACCCCGGUCGUCCUCCGAGAGCAUGAGCGCGACGCCGGCAAGUACCGUUUCAUCGGCGAUGUAUAUGUUAACGAAUACAUGCAGGGAAAGGCCAUCGAUGAGUUGGACAAGAAGGAGAGACACUGCAGCGCAUAUGAGCUUCUUUAA